GGGUAUCUCUUCCUGCAGUCUGAGAAUUUCUUUUUCUUUUUAUUUUCAGCUUUCUCGACACCAAUGUGUAAGGGACUGUCCUAUCUUCCUUCGUCAUGCUUGGAGAAGGCAAAGGGGAUGCGGGUGAAGCUCAGUCACCUGGCAGAGAAGCAGGACUGGGCACACAGACACAAGGCUCAGGAGGAGAAGGUCCUACAGGAUCUUGAAUCUCUGCUCAACAGCAAGAUGGGCCAGCAGGUGUUCCGCUGGUUCUUGCGCUCCGAGUUCAGCGAGGAGAACCUGGAGUUCUGGCUGGCCUGCGAGGAUUACCGGACCACUCCUGAGAGCAAGCUGGGGGCCAAAGCCCUAAGCAUCUACAAACAGUUCAUCAACUCCGAGGCACCUCAGGAGGUGAAUUUGGACUCCGAAACCAGGGAGGCUCUUACCAGCACGAUUGAGGCGCCCACAGCUGACACCUUCGACAAGGCCCAGCAGCGCAUAUACUCACUCAUGGCCAAGGACUCCUUCCCAAGAUUCCUCCGCUCUUCAUACUGCCAGGAAGCCCUGAAGGCUCUGUGAACUCCGCCCCCUACAGUCCCGGGGGACCAGACACGGCCUACCUGCUCACCACACUCACCGCAAGUGCCUCGGCUGGCAUUAUUGUCAAUGUAUUGUCUUCACGCAUAAGUGCAACAGGUGUGUCAUGUUAGCUUAUGGCAGUUUUAAACACGCAAAAAAAGCUGACUUGUGUUCAUGGGGAUUGCAUUAAUCUAACAAUCACUGUUCCAAACUUUGUAAAUUUUGACCUGACUUUGUUGCUGUUGUAUUUGCAACACAAGAGGAGAUGUUGAAAUUAAGUGUUAUCAUUUAUUUAAUUUAGGCUAUGUCUCCAUUGCUGCUGUGUAGUAGGGAAAAAAAUAAAGAAUUAAUUUUAAACUGAUGUACAACUAAAGCUGUCAUAAAUAAGCUGCAGUAUGAAAUGUUUGUUUUUGCACGUUCAUGAGAAGUAUCCAACCUUCACAUUUAGAUGACAGGUAAAAUAAAUAUUCAGUAUAUGAUUAUAAAUAUCAGCUAAUGUUAUUUUUAGUUAUGAUGAUGACUUUGUAAAAGUACCUCAAUGAAGGUCCAUUGUCUCCUCUUUGAUCUCACAGAGGCUCUCUUGAUGUUUCAGAGAAGUUGAGAAUGUGUCACGCUCCCCUUUGUGUACAUUUUAAGUCAUUUUUGGUUGUGUAUUUCAUUACUGGCCACGCCUCUGCUAUGUGGAUGCAGGCAAAUAAAAACCUCUUGCUUGUGUGUGACACUGUCAGAAUUUGCAUUAAAAGCAAUAGCUUUGAGCAACA